GUCCGUUUCUGACAUCUUCCAUAUUGGAACGUAAUUUACUGGUUUUCUAGGAUUUGCUGCUGUAAACUACUUGGUUUACGUAAUAUACGUCAAAAACUUAGAAAAACGCGAAAUUACUCAAUUCUGUUCCGCUCUCUUUAUUACUAUUUCCCCGGUAUCUUCUGUCAAUCAAAUUGUAAGAAUCCUGUUGUUAUGCGUAAUUGAAACUUUUGAACUGAUGGUUUAAUUUUGGAAGUGUCCCAAAAACCGGUCAAAUUUUUCUGUAAAUUAUAAGUAGUACAAAUGUAAACAAAGGACAAUGGGAGUACAAGAUAUUAUAUCUUACACAUUGUUUACUAAUCCGAUCAGUUCUGGAGCGUAUUCUUAUGCAAAAACUGCAUCAAUCGCUGUUAGAGAUUAUAUAGGACUACAACCGAGAGUGCAAGUUAAAAUGGUAACUCCGGAUCCAGUUCCCUUGUGGAAACUAGCAGCUGCAUCCGGGCCUUUUAUAAGACUUGCAGCUAUAAGUGGAACAGCUGCAAUUAUUUUGGGUGCAACUGGCACACACAGAAAAUAUCCAGAUGAAAAAGGCCAAGACCAAAAGGAAGUUUUCAAAACAGCCUCCUUUUACCAUUUUGUGCACACGUUGGCCUUGAUGGGAUUACCUUUAUGCAGGGCACCAUACAUAGCUGGAACAUUUAUGGUAUCAGGAAUAGUACUGUUCUGUGGAAGUUGCUAUUACUAUGCAUUCACAGGUGACAAAAGGUUCAGCCGUUUCACACCAAUCGGAGGCACGUGUUUUAUUCUAGGAUGGUUGGGAAUGAUAUUUUAAACAUCAAAAUAUCUCGUAUGAUUCAAUUUUUGUAAUUCACAAUUAUUUUCUGUAAAUUGUUGAAAUAUAUAAUUCUUGUGAAA